GAUGUCUAAUCGUCCAUAUAGCAAUGCCCCCCCUACCUAACCUUUGGCCGCAACUUAAGCUCCCAAAUUUGGUCAACCAACCUUAUAACAACCAGUUCCCUAAGUAAAAAAUAUGUUUUAAUUUCUAGUAUGCUGUCCCAUUGUAAUAAUCACCAAUCCGAUAAUCAUAUAUCUAACCUGUUUAAUAUGCUCCUGUUCCUUAAUAAGUUCAAUAUGUUUAACAACCUGUUUAAUAUGUUCAAUAACCCGUCCAACCAGUAGUGUAAUCAGUUUAAGUACAAUAAUUUUAUGAUAUUCAAAUUAGCAUCAAUCAAUCAAAGGAGAAUCAAGAAUUGAGUAUGUUCCUUAUUAAAAGGCUGUUGUAGAAUAUGAAGAAUAAGAGGUUGUUCAAUAUGUCCCAAGAGAGAGAAAGGUGACAGAUUAUUAUGCUGUUGAGUACUAAACUGAAUAUGUUCCUUAAGUGUUUCAAGAGAAAUAUACAGGUAUUCUUAAAUAUUUAAUAAUAUAGAAUAUGUGCCUGUUGAUAGAUAUUAAGAAAGAGUGGAAUAUUAUCCAGUUGAAAGAUAAGUGGUCCAUUAAUAAGUUUAACCUGUUUAAUAGGUGGUUUAAUAAUAAGUUUAAGUUGUAUAACAACCAGUCUAAGUUGUCUAAUAACCUGUUUAUUAAUAACCAGUUUAUUAAUAAUAAGUUUAUCAAUAACCAGUCUAAUAUGUUUAAUAGCCUGUUUCUUAUGCAUAACCAUUGGUGGCUUCCAGAGUUGUUCCUUAAGCCUUUGCACCAACUUAUGCUCCAUAAUAUGCUUAGUAAUUCUAACCAUAACAAAUUCCAUAAUAGCCUAAACCCUAAUAAUAAUAAUAGGCUCCAAGAUCUAAUGUUGGUUAAUAAUGAAC